CACUCUCUUCUCGCGAGAGUGUGACAGGCCUGUGGGCGAGUUGGCCUGUGGGCGAGUUGGCUGCUGAGCUGCUGAGGUGCUGGGCAUGUGAACGGCGAUCCGGGACUUCGGGCGGCAGGGCUAUGAAACUCGGGACUGUUGGGCGUAUCCAUCUGUUGAUCUUUGCAAAGCUGCCUCCACAAGAGAGUAUUGCUGGUGAGGGCAUCUAUUACGUGUCAUAACUUAAGUACAAAAAGCAAAACAACCUAACAAGCCACAGUUUCCAGGUCUAUUCAUUGUACAUCAACACCACUGGAGAAGUUUGUCUGUGCAGAAGACUUUUAGUGGAGAUGCGGGAAUGACUGAUUCAGAAGAGACAGUUUUGUAUGUAGAGCACCGGUAUGUGUGUUCAGAGUGUGGAGAAGAGUAUCCCAGCCUAGAAGAAGCCCUUGAGCACCAGCAAAGCCAUGCUGCAGCCUUGCAGGAGCCUCAGUAUCAAAUAGUAGGGGUCAACUCUCUGGAGAACCAAUACCAGUGCCUGGAGUGUGGGCUGCUCUUGAGGACUCCAGAAGAUUUGCUUGCCCACCAAGAGCUACACCCCACUCAGAAUGAAAUCCAAAAGCCCAAGCGCCCUACACGGAGUGAGAUUCACUAUGAAUGCCCAGAAUGCAAAGCUUUGUUUAAUAGUCAGGAUGUGUGGAUGGCACACCGUUACACUCACAUGCAAGUGCAGGAUGUUUCACAUUCCAAGAUAGUGCUCCAGACAGACGACCAUGUUAUUGAGGAUGGACUCCAGCUUAUGUGUGCCCCUGCAGUACCCAGUGAGGUCCACCUUGUAACUGGGGAUCCGCAUUUCCAUGUGUCCACGCCAUCAUCUGCUUCUGUGUCCCACACUCAGGUGCUGGUGGAUCUGGAGCACUCAUAUAAAAAGAAUGAGGGUGCAGGGGAGGACUGUGCCAUGGAGCUUUUGCUUUAUAAGUGCUCUGAGUGCACUCAGCUAUUUCAGACACCAGGAGAAUUUUUGGAACACCAAGGGACACAUUUUUCUGGGCAGGAACGCAUUUCAGACACAAACAGUCAUCUUGACCAAACUCCACAACUGUCUCUGAAUGGGCAAGAAAAAGAACCAAUCAUAAAUCAGGGAAAUACUUGCACUGACUAUCAGGCGGAGAAUAAAGAAUUGCUGGUGCAGCCUGAGGGAGAGCAAGCAGAGCAAGAUAGUUGGACAGUUGACAGAGAACCUGUAUUUUCCUGUGGUGAUUGCAGUGAGACUUUUCAGACUACCAAGGACCUUGAAGAGCAUCAAAUUUCCCAUCAGAACGGUCCCUUCAGCUGUCCGCUCUGCAGCAAAGUCUUCCCUACCUACCCAGAGGUGGGUGAGCACCUGAAAUCCCACCGUAGUGAGUCUCGUUACCUUUGUGUGGAUUGUGGUCUUGCCUUUGUAAGUGAGGCUGUCCUACUGAAUCAUCGCCGUUCUCACUUGGCCAAUCCUCUCUUUACUUGUGAAUGCGGCCUGACCUUUUUGAAUAUGACAAGAUUCUUGUACCACCGUCGUGUCCAUAGCAGCAAACAGCCUGAUACUGGCGCAGUGGAGGAGAAGAAAACUGUUAACAGCAUAGCGCCAAGUCCUGCUGGAAACUUCCACUGUGACCCAUGUGGGAAGGAUUUCCCUUUGCUUUCCCAGUUUUUGCGUCACCAGCGGUUUGUGCAUGCCCUAGAGAGAAGACAUAAAUGCCCUACUUGUGGGAAGCAUUUUAAGAAAGGCUCCCACCUGCGCACUCACAUGCUAACACACACAGGAGAGAGGCCCUAUUCCUGCACAGUGUGCAGCAAAUCUUUCAACUCUCAAGCCAACCUGCUGCGACACCGACUUACCCAUACUGGAGAGAAGCCUUAUAAAUGCCAGCUCUGCGGAAAGGCAUUCAGUCAGUCGUCUACGUUGCAGCAGCACCAGUAUGUGCAUGGGCAGGCCUAUCUAUAUAAAUGCAAUGAGUGCGGUAUUAAUUUUCACCGCCCUUACCGCCUGCUCUUGCACCAGUACCACCAUACAGGAGAGUAUCCUUAUAAGUGCCAGGACUGCGGGCUUUCCUUCCUUCUUAAAAGGCUGCUUGAAGUGCACCAGUUAGGGCAUCGUGGCGAAGAGCCACAUCGAUGCCGGGAGUGCGGAACAAAUUUCCCCAGCGUACAAAGAUUACAGGAUCACCGCUGCAGUAAAGCAGGAGAUGGAGGAGGUGAAAAAUUAGAGUGCCCUAUAUGCGGUAAGAAAGUUACUUCAGAUGCCCACCUUAAUACCCACGUUGCUGCUCAGCAUUCUGGAAAUAAAAGAAGCAAUGUCAGUUCUGGGAAGGGCACGCCAGUACUACCCCGCAACAAACUGAAAGGGGGAGGGGGAAAAAACUUGGAGUGCUCAGAUUGCCACAAAACAUUUAGCACCGAAACGUCCCUUCAAGUGCACCGCAGGAUCCAUACCGGCGAGCGGCCAUACCCUUGCCCAGAUUGUGGUAAAGCCUUUAGACAGUCAACCCACUUGAAAGACCACCGAAGGCUGCACACAGGUGAAAAGCCCUUCAAGUGUGACGUGUGUGGGAAAGCAUUCACAAUAGCUGUGCGUCUCUCCGAACAUAAACGCAUCCAUACUGGGGAGAGGCCCCACUCAUGUCCUGACUGUGGCAGAGCCUAUCGCUCCUUCUCUAAUUUGUGGAAACAUCGAAAACUCCACCGAGAGCAGCAAGUGCAGCUACAGGAACCGGAGUCUCAGCCUGCCGACCUCUCUAGCACUGUGGCCAUACUGGAAACCGUAGAAACUAUUCCCAUUAUUGAAACCGUUGAAAUCUUUCCAGAGGGCAGCACAAUUAGCGUACAGGACAUUCAGUUUGAGACGCUGCAGGUGGAGAAUAUUCAUUUGGGGAAUAUACAGAUUGGAACUUUAUAAAGGGUAUAAGUCCUGCAUUCGUGGACAAUGUGAUGGGGUGACAGGGCAAGUUUCUCUAAAUGGCGCUGUACCCCUGCAGUCUGUUUUCGGCAGUUGGCACUUGUUUUUGGGAACCACAGGGUGAGCGAUAAUAGUCUCUCUGUGCCUAUAGAAAGCCAAUACAGGGAGUGCUUGGCUGUGGAAAGGAGGAUGGCCGCUCCUGCUCUCCGAUGAAGAAACUGUUAUAUAGUUAUAUAAAAUGCUAAUUUUAUUGUCCUCCGGAGUUCUGUUACUCAGGCAGUUCUGCUUGCUAAGUCUUUCAAUAAAGCAGUACUAUUCUCCAGAAAGGACAAACAGUAGUGUGGCGUGUGUCUCCAUCUGCCUCUUUGUGUUACUGCUUCUCAUUGACCUCUGCUUCCCUCUAU